AGAGUACGCCACCUGUCGACACGAGCGCACGGCCGUCAAGCACGUUUCCGGUUGCCGUCUCCCUUUUCACCCUCUUUUUGGGUUGUCGCUAACGUCAACAACACGCACGUUACGGAGCCGGAGUGAAUUUUCAUCGUUUUUCGCCACAAAUUCACGUUCAACAUGCCACAGGAAAUCAAGGAGGUGAAAGAUUUUCUCAUCAAGGCCCGCAGGAAGGAUGCGCGUGCCGUCAAGAUAAAGAAGAACGAGACCAACACCAAGUUCAAGAUCCGCUGCUCCCGGUACCUGUACACGCUAGUGGUAAAGGAUAUGGAGAAGGCAGAGAAGCUAAAGCAGUCGCUGCCCCCGGGUCUGCAGGUUAAGGAAGUGAAGUGAAGUGGGUGUCAGCGGAUGCCUGAAGCUGCUGCUGCUGCCGCUGCGUCCGUUGUGUGUGCAAUGGAUGGGGCGCGAAUUCCGGUUGACGUUUGUGGUUGACCGGCAAUCGCGUUGUGUGCCGCGCUCAGCCUCUCGUGAAGUAUAAGUGAUGUUUUUCGUUCAUGUACUCUGUGUUUGCGGCUGCCUCACGGAUCGUGAAAUGUGAUGAAGCUGGACAACAGCUGUUUCAUGUGCGGUGGUGGCGGUGAAUAAAGAGUAUAUGUGAGAAGAAUCGAUGAAACCUAA